CUUGGCGAAUUACCCCACACCUACCAUCUACUAGAAGUGAAGGAAGGCACGAACACAAACCCGCAUUCAACAUUUCAACGCAUCAUCUCGCACAGAACGCAAGCUACCUCUCUUCUUCACCGGAUUUUCAAGCCCCAUCACCUCCGGCCGGAAAGAUGGGGAUUUCGUGGAGUAAACGUCAGCAGCACCACCACCACCCCCCACCACCGUCUCUCUCGCAACAUCCGCAGCCACUACAACCUUCAUCUUCAUCAAAUCAUCCUCCGCCCCUUCUGCCGCCUCCGCCUGGACAACCUUGCUUUGCUUAUGGAACUAGCCCGCUCUAUCCUGCAACUUCCCAGAACCCUAAUUACGCCCUGGUCUCCGAUUCUUACGCGCCUCACUACCGGCACAAUCACACCAACAGGCCGAUGAUCCCUCAUAGCAAUUAUUACCCCCCUUAUUACCUACCACAAGUUCAUGGGUGGUCAGGGUUUCACCCCCCUCCCCCACCUUCGGUUCCCAUGCCGGCUGUGCCUUAUGUAGGUCACCAGAGCGCAAAGAAGAUCAAGAAUGACAUAAAUGUGCACAAAGAUACUAUAAAGCUGGAAGUUGAUAUGCUCAAUAAGGAUUAUCAUUUGGUGUCGUUUACUUUUGAUGCAUUGGUAGACGGAAGCAUUUCCAUCUUCUACUUUGCAAAGGAGGAGACCAACUGUUCAUACACUCCAGUGUAUGCAGAGAUAAAACCUGUGAGAAUAGCAUUCCAGAAAGGAUUGAGCCAAAAGUUUUGCCAGCCUUCGGGAACUGGCAUUGAUUUAGGCUUCUUUGACACAGAUGAUCUAUCAAAGCCACUUCCUGGGGAAAAUGCUUUCCCAAUUGUUAUAAUAGCAGAGUCAUGUCUACCUUCAACUUCAGUGGAGGAACAUCUUGAUGAGCAACAGGCCAAUAAACUUAGGCAUGCACAAAUCACAGAGGCUAUUGUAGAGAGGAACAAUGAGGACCACUUUCAAGUGAAAGUAAUCAAGCAAAUUUUAUGGGUUGAAGGGGUCCGGUAUGAGCUGCGUGAAAUUUAUGGAAUUGGCAAACCAGAUGAAGCAGCCAUAAAUGAUGACUCAGGAAAAGAAUGUGUCAUUUGCAUGACUGAACCAAGGGAUACAGCAGUUUUGCCUUGUAGACAUAUGUGUCUCUGCGGUGAAUGCGCAAAGGUUUUGAGGCUUCAAUCAAACAAGUGUCCGAUAUGUCGUCAACCCAUUGAAGAGCUUCUAGAGAUAAAGGUUAAUGAAGCAAGCUACUAAAUGCUUACACGUUCAUACUUUGGUGUAAAUACAACUGGAGAUCUUAAGAAUCAACACUUGUGCUCAAAAGCAAAAAGAAAUAAAGAGAAAACCACGAGCCUUUUCUAGGCUUAGCCAAGCCAAAGGGGUACGUUUCUUCUUUGACAUGUGGAAAGAGAUUACAUAUUUGGUUUGGAAGCCAUUUUUAGAAGUUUGAGUCGAAUAGCAAUGAUUCGAAGCACUUUUUUUCCCACUAUACUCAAAUUUAUAGUAAACAAAAUGCUACCCUUUGUUUCAUAGAUACAUAUAGAAUUUUGUAAAAAAAAAUGUAUUAAAUGGGAGUCCCAUGUACGGAUUGGAGUGAGAUGUUUCAAGAUUUGCCCUACAAUAUGGACUAAAUAGCCCAAAUUAGU